GUUUGAAUCACGUUUGAAUUUUAGUGCGGAGCUUCGCAUUUCCCUAUUAUUUAAUGUCCGUAACCGUGUUAUUAUUUAAAUGAAUUUGUGUGUUGUGUAGUUUAGUAGGUAACGAAGUGCUAUCUAGUGCGUAAUCAUGGUUUUGGCCGAGAGGAGUAAUGAUGUUCGGAACGGGAAGCGGUCAAGGGGGCCAAGCCCCAAUGGCCAUGGAAGUCCAGACUCCAGUUCUGAGGAUGAGAAUGCCGAGAAGAUUAGAGUGGGUAGGGACUACCAGGCCGUCUGCCCUGAGCUGGAGCCGGUAGAGCAGAGGAGGCCUGAGUUGAUAUCAGACCGGGCUCUGCUGGUGUGGUCUCCUACUGCUGAUAUUUCAGACAACAAAUUGGAUGAGUACAUAACAACUGCUAAGGAAAAAUAUGGUUACAAUGGUGAACAGGCUCUUGGUAUGUUAUUUUGGCACAAACAUGACCUCAACCGAGCAUCUAUGGACCUGGCAAAUUUCACUCCAUUCCCCGAUGAGUGGACAGUUGAAGAUAAGGUGCUCUUUGAACAGGCCUUUCAGUUCCAUGGGAAGAGCUUUCACAGGAUACGGCAAAUGUUGCCUGACAAGUCGAUAGCAUCCUUAGUAAAAUACUACUAUUCAUGGAAGAAGACACGAGCCCGCACGUCCUUGAUGGAUGUGGUGGGUGAGGGUCGCAAUGCCACCAGCUCGGCCACCGGCAAGUCAGCCGGCUCCGAGCCUGGAGGCUCAGAUAAGGAGUCAGACAAUGAUGAGAAGGGCGCGGCGGGCGGCGACGCGGGCAAGUGGUGCACCGUGUGCGGCAUUCUCUGCUCGCAGACCACGGCCCACCACGCGCACAAGCUCUGCCAGGCAUGCCUCGUGCACGCCAGGCGCACGGGCACGAUGCGGCCGCUGUGCGGGCCGGCCGGGCGGCGCGGACCCGGCUCUAAACAGCAGCGGUUCAAGCACCGCCUGCCGCGCGGCAUUUACAUCAAUCACGACGAUCUCGUCGCCAUGGCCACCGGCCCGCAGCCCGGCGACGCGCCGCAGCCCGGCCUAGUCAAUCAGGGCGAAGCGAUGCUUAAAGCGAUGGACAGGGAAAUUAUAUCGCUCAAGAGACAAGUGCAGCAAAACAAACAGCAGUUGAGCGCGAUGAAGCGUAAAGUGGGCGACGCGGGCGUGGACGAGCUGAGGCCCGGGGAGCCCCCGGCUAAGAUUAACUCUCGCUGGACUAACGACGAGCUGCUCAUGGCCGUCACAGCUGUGAGGAAAUACGGCAAAGACUUCCAAGCGAUCGCCGAGACGCUGGGCACGAAGACGGAGGCGCACGUGCGGUCGUUCUUCAUCUCGUACCGGCGCCGCUACAACCUGGACGCCGUCCUGCGCGAACACGAGGCCGACCGCCCGCAGCACCACAUCUUGCAGGGUACAACAAGCACAGAUGCGGCGGAGAACGCGGGAGAAAACAACACCACCAACGGCACCGUCUCGCCGCAGAACACCUCCAAGGAUGAGAAGACGGAGGUGGACAGCGAAGGCGUCCCGAUCGGCGCGCCGGGCGAGCAGGGCGGGCCGCCCACCACGCCGCCCAAGCACAAACCGCCCAAGUGAUGCGCCCCGGCCGAUGCCACAUAAAUACACUAUUUUUUUAAUCCUUUAACUUCGCAUCUAUUCACACUGAAGCUGACGAUAUCGACCUGGCUGUUAAGGCCCGUAUUAGAAACGGUACCUCAAUAAAAAUGUGUGUAGAUUCAUACUUAUCAGUCGUUUCAUGGUACGGCGGAUCUUACAGUCAGAUUGGUAUGGUCGUUAAGCUCAAUUCUGAGAUUCUCUAAAACUUUAGGGCAUCUUCUUUGUUGAAUAACAAAUAGGCAUUUAUCAAUUGUUAUUGUUUAACUAUGUGUUAACAAGAAGUAGAAAAAAUCUCAGAAUUAAGCUUAUUCACGUGUGAAUUGCAUGCAAUAUAAAAUUUAAUCUAAAUAUUCAAAUAUAAAUAUUAAUCUUUGACUAAAGGAAUAGGUAGCGUCAUAUCUGAUGCCAGUUGUAGCUGCUAAUUCGUCUGUGAGUAUACCAGUCGCAACACCGCAGUAACAGGCCUAAAGGCAGGCUCGUUGCACGAACGCUCUGCUGUUUGUCGCUACAUCCUUGUGUCAAAACACGCCGAGAGUCCGUAGGCUAAGUAACAUUCGAAUUUCAUUAAAUGUCACAAAUCUAACCAACAUUAAAUUAUGAAUUUCUCCCACAGAUUCUGAAAUUUAGAGUAAGCCACAAAAUCAAUUGAAAAAAUUAAUUUUGUAGCGGUUAUCUUAUCUUAUAGCGUUAGCAUAAACGUUAAUUAUUGAGAGCCAACCACAUGAUUUUUCGAUAGUCUGUUUACCAAUUCGCCAUCGAAUGUUACUUCGCCGGGACCGUUGAAACGUAUUUUGACACAGUAGCUGUAUAAUGUAAUCCAAACAUAGUCAUAUCGACGUAACUACCAAGUUUUUUAAACUUAUCAUUUUUGGUUCUUGAUGCGGCCAUGUUUGAAGAUUCCGUGAUCCUGCAUACGCUUCAUCCAUUUUUGCAUGGACGGAUGUAAAGCGUACAAACUUUAUUAUUUGACAUUUACAAUACAAUAAUGACAGUAUAUUUAGAUAAUUAGGAUUCGCCAUUUCGUGCAUUGUUUUCCGCAUCCGUGUAAAACCCUACCAUGGUACCGAGUUCUGACUUCAAAGUAGCACCUUAAAUAUUUAAUUACAUUUUUACAUGCCGUGACGUAAUUACGUACAUUUAUAAAUGUAUCUAUCUGCCAUAAGGUCCAUCUUUUUAAUGUCAUCUAUCUGAUGAUAGUGGCUACAAUAAUUAGCCAUUUCAUUAAAUUUUUGACGCCCAUGUAAACUGAAAAAUUGCAUCUAAAGUUUAUCAUUGGUUGUCUUCACGAACGUAUCUUAGCGAUGAGCCAAAGCAGGUCAGUUCGUGCAUUGAUGCCUCUAUUCGUAACACUGUAAACACGUUUUUUCUUAUGAAGUUUAGUGUAAGUCAUCUUCACACAGAAUCACAAAUAUAUUUUGUGCACAAAAGAACUGUAUUAAUGUUAUGACCAAGUGUCGUAUCUAAAGCAAUAAGAAUAACUAAUGAGACUAUUUUAAAGUUAAGCCUUUGUGCUGGCAAUAAACAUGUUCUACCAGUCCUUGUUUAAUGUGCCUAUCUUAUGGUCACCAAAAUUAAAUUAAAAGGAGUUCCGAUUCUAGUUUUAUUAAUUAUUCUUAUGGCAACACUCACGUUUUAUAGCUAAGUAUUUUUAUAUUAUCACUGGAACUUAUUUGUCGUUCAUAGUCUUUAUCAAAACACGUUUUGUGUAUGGCCAUUAGUGAAAAAAAUCGCAAUAAUAUUAUAAUUAAAAAUUAAUGAAUGGUGCAAGUAAUUUUUAUAUCAGGCAGCGGCUAUAUGAGAUUUAAUGACAGUAUACGCUUUAGAGAAACAUCAUAUUUAUUAUGGACCUACUUGUAUAUAACUGUAGAGAUAAGAUAUUUUUCCGUGUCUCUGGAACGUAAAUUACUAUUUCUAAUUAAUAUAGGAAAUUAGAAUAGAGCAUUUUCUUUCGGUUUGUUUGGUCCGUACGCAUUCGGGCGACGGUUUUUGAAUGUCUAUACGAUCUCUUCGAAGUUAUAUGUGCGUGUGAGUCUUUUAAAAUACGACGAAAUAUGUUAUUCACUUGCCUUAAGUAAUUUUACUUAUAUGUACUCGCAUGCGGAACUAACUAUGCAAAUAUAGAUGUAUUCAAUGUAUCGCAGAAUACGCAGUGUUAUUACAAAAUAGUUUUGUAUCAAAAAAAGCGUAGGACUUAAAUAUGUAGCUAAGGGUUUUCUUGUAGACUUCUUGUGUAUCUAUAAGCGUACUAUCGAGCCUUGAAUUAUGUCCAUUUCUAGGUUAUCUUCGGAGCUAACAAUGAAUUAGAUUAGGUAUUAUUUUACUCGACGAUACUCGAACGGUUAAGUCGCAUUUAUGAUAGUCUCAAAGUUAUGGAAUUCAUUAUGGUAGUAAAGUGGAUGUAGCAUAGUGUAUAGAGCGUGUGGUUCACACAUCCUAUGAGAAAAACUCAAGUUUUACUACUAUAUUAAUUUUUAUAAUUGAUAGCAGAAUGAUAUAGAAGGGUAAUGAAUAUUAUUGAUAUUGACGAUAUUUUUGUACACAUAAAAGACAUCUCAAUACAUACACGAUAGUGUGCUCGCUUUUAUAGUUAAUGCAUUAUUUCUAAGUAUUAACAAUUUAUUAUAAUUUUUAGUAGUUAGUUUUCAUUUCUUUUAGUGUAAAGGAUUUUAAUAUUGAUCAUAAUAGCAUAAUUUUGUACUAGUUUUAAUGCAAUGUACAUCACGAGAUGAGACACACAGGCUGUUUAGUGUUGGACAGAACACAAUGUUACCGUUACACAUUUUGUUUCUCUAAUAAAUAAAACAUAGGCAUACUUCGUUUAAUAUAGAAUUCUGAUUCACUUUGGUUUUGACAACCAGCUUAGCAUAAUUAUAGUUAGGUUAUUAUGAGUGUUACUUUUUCAUAAUGAUUUCCACAUAAUAGUGUUUUUAUAGAUUUCAAUAGUGGUACCUAGUUAAUUUGAUUUCAAAAUUGUGUAUAUUUAGAUUUCAUUUAAUUAUUAUGUAUUCGUAAUAAUACCAGGUGAUAAAACCGCCAUUAAUUCAAAAAGAAAAACGCGUAGGUGUUUCAACAACAAGAUAUUUUUUUACAAUAAAUCAACAUCCGCCUAAAAUUGACGUAAGCAAUACGAGUGUCUGUUUAUGUUGAAUUAGUUGUAAUUGACCAGAACAAAAAUUACUUCUCGCAUUGUAAUUUUUGUGUCCUAAUGUAAGUUUAUGGGUCGUGGGUUUUAUUAUUUUAUUCUUAGUAAUGAAUUUGUUUAAUAUUUAAGUUGUAGCACAAGAAACGAAAAGUAAGUAUAGUUCAAAGUGUUUCAAUGCUCAUUAUGCUUUGCUUUCAAUGAAAAAUAUGUAGAUGAUAUUGCAGUAUUUAUAUUUGGCAAAAGCAUUUAUUCGAAAUCAGGCGGGCCAUUAUAAUUUAUAAAUAUUUUGUCUUGAAUUAUGUAAUUAACAAUGUUCAGAUGUUCCUAGUUCUAAAGAAAAGCUUUUUAUAAUCAAAUCUAGAACAUACACACGUGCAUUGUUAUCUAAACGUGACAGAUCAUGCUCACCUAUCACCUAAUUAAAUAAACUAAGAUAUAUCUUGGCAUUGUAAAAAUUUUAUGUUAACUGAGCUUUUAUAAAACAUCAUUUCUGUGCGUAACAUAUUUUUUUCUUGGUAUUUCUCUUACUGUUCAAGUAUUGUCUCUCCUAACAUUUCAAUUCCUGUGGCAUACAAACUAAUCACUCCCAAAGAGAAUCCACAAUGAAGUCAUCUUAUUUAUUGAUGCUAAUUAGACCUAGUAGGAAUAUUGUUACAGAAUUUAAAUUAUUUUCUAUUAGAUUUUAUUGUGUUCUGUAUAUUAAGGGUAAAGAUCAGUUAAUGAAGUUUUUUAUGAUUAAGUAAAGCUCAAACAGUACCUAUGUUGUUUAUGCCGUAGAGCGUGGCACUGUGACGAUUUCAACCGAAAUUUUGGGAGUUUUGAUUUUAAGAAUAAUAAUAAAGAUAAGGAUAUAUAUAAA